UGGAUUUGAGUUUGUUUAGACAGUUAGAAGGUGUGACAUAUUACCGGCCUUACCGGUUACCAAGCAUUCAAACUUGCGAGUGAGAGUGAGAGUAGUCUUGAUUCGCACUUCUCCGUCGCGUUCACCGUCGCAUUCUCCGUCGCGUUCACCGUCGCAUUCUCCGUCGCGUUCUUCAUUUUUCUAUUCUCAAACCUUCUCACAUGUCAACGGCACCGCCGCCUAAGCGCGAUAAGUUGCAAUGGGAAUAUCCCGUAGCUGGUUUAAUAUCCGGAUUCACCACCGUAACCGUAAAGUACCCCCUCGACCUUGUUUCAACUAGGCUUCAAGUUAACGAUGGUCGACUCUUCUCUCAGUUUCCUAGAUACAAGAACACCGCUCACGCCAUUUUCACCAUUGCUCGCUUCGACGGAUUGAAAGGCCUGUAUGCAGGCUUUCUUGCUGGGGUUCUUGGGACAGGCAUUUCAUCGGGUUUAGCACUCGUUUACUACGCAAGAUCUAAACAAAGAUAUGCUAAGAGCAAAGAGGAGAAGUUUAGUCCAGGUCUUGCCUCAGCUGUGGAAACAGGAGCUUUGGUUUGCUUGUGCGCAAAUCCUGUUUGGAUGGUGAAGACAAGAUUGCAGCUUCAGACUCCUCUUCAACCGACACGGCCAUACUCUGGGCUCUAUGAUGCAUUUAGGACCAUUGUGAGGGAAGAAGGGUUUAGUGCACUUUUCAGAGGGAUUGUUCCUGGUUUAUUUCUGGUCGCGCAGGGUGUUAUUCACGUCACUGCAUACCAGGAGCUUCGUAAAACUCUUGUUCAUUUUAAGACUAAAGGAAGUAAUAUACAACAUCAAAACCCUGAUAAAAUUUUGAAUUCUGUUGAUUCUGCUGUUCUCGGAGCAACAUCAAAAGUUGCUGCAAUACUCCCAAACUAUCCAUUUCAUGUUAUACGGACACGUUUGCAGCUACGACCUGACAGUGAUGGGAUAUCAAGAUAUAAGAACAGCUGGCAUGUUGUGAAAGAAACUGCACGAUUUGAAGGUGUUCGAGGUUUUUACAAGGGACUCACUGCAAAUCUCUUGAAAAACAUUCCUGCUGCUUCAGUAACAUUCAUUGUCUAUGAAAAUGUUCUAAAAUUACUUAAACACGCUAGAAGGAAUGACUGAGUAAGACAGUAUUUGGAUAUUCAGGGAGAAAUCCGAGAAUGAUCCUCUGUCUCAAACAGAAAAUUCAGAAUUGAGAAUGAAUCUCAAUGCAAGAAAUAACAGUGAUAGAGAGAGAGAAAUAGUUAGUUGUGGGAAUAUCUUGUGUAUUGCUUCAUUUUCCCAUCAUAGCGCUAAUAUACCACUACUUUGUUACAAUGAGCACAUUACAAGGCUAGCUCAUCAAAUCUCUUAACAGAGUUAUGAGUGGAAUAAAAUGUACCUCAUAAAAGUGAAAAUAUAAAAUAGAAUAAUAGAAUCAACAAAGUCUUGCACUCUCCA